AUGGGGGUCGACAAGCCGACCAAGACGUUCUUCUCCGAACAACCGCGGUGCGACCAGACGUUCAAGAUGACCGACGACAACAACGUCGUCUAUUUGAACCUUCGCUCGGUCCUCUUCUUCGUAGGCUGCGUCACGACCAUCAUAAUAUGCAGCGUGACGCUCUUCAACAUCGUGGCGUCUCGGUUCUCGACGCCCGGAAGCCUCGAGGUCGACACCCCGCCGUCCGCCGGCCAGGCCCCGUUGUCCUCGCCGGUGUACUACGCGCCGGUCUCCGGUGUCGCGUCGCCGUCCCGCGUUCCCGCGGCCAUCCUCCGCAAGAAGGGCGCCCCGAAGCGCAGCUCCAAGACGCACAAGAGACACAAGAAGCACAAGAGGCGACGCCACAGCCGGAGACGUAGCCCGCGCGCCAACCGCAGCAAGACGGACAACGGAGAUGGCGUCGAUGCCUCGGAGGCGGCGCUGAACGCCAUGCAGGCCCAACAGGACGCCCCAGACUCGGCGUUCGUCAACAACUACGACUCCUGGAAGGAGAUUGCCGACGACGGAAGCGGGGAGCGGCGACGGCGGAGCGAGUGCGCCAAGCCCCAGUGUCGGUGGCUGAGCCGGUACCUGACGUCCAAGCUGGACUGGACCAUCAAGCCCUGCCACGACUUCUACUCGCACGUCUGUUCGGCCAAGUGGUUCACAUCGACACCGCAGGAGGCCACUGGAAACGAGCGAGGUGGGGACGAGCAGGACUCUCUUGACUUCCGGACGCAGGCGGUGGCCCGGCUGAUGAACGAGCUGACGGCGUACCUUAAGAACAAGGUGUCCACCAUGCCUUGGGAGCGCAAUGCGGCUGCGUUCUUCGCGGACUGUUUGAAGCCCAAGAUCCCGCGCACGCUGAGUAGCAUCAGGCCUCGCUUUCCGAUCUGGCCCCUAGAGAAGAUCACCUCGGUCAGCACGCUGCCCAAGCUGGUGGCGUACGUGGCGAAAUUCUUUCGGUCCACGCCGCUUCUGAAGACGUACGUCGGCGAUCUGCGCUCAACGCUCAGGAACGACACGCUCUACGUGGACUCGCCCGUGCUGCCCUUGGCGAGGUACCAGUACCUGCAUCCAACGGCCAAAGAAGAAGACUACAAAAAAGUGAUACGAGCGGCACUUCAAGGCCGACGGGCUAGCGCGCUGCCGCAAGCUAUCGUGAAGCUGGAACUCGCCCUGGCCCGCAUCGUGUCGCGGGACUUCGUUACCCUCGCCGACCGCGCAGUUGAGACCGAAAACCUUCUCACCGGCGACGAGUUCUGGGACCCACUCAUGAUGGCCCUGGUAGGCAACCGGCGCGAGGUCCGCGCCCUGGACCACAAAUACCUCAUGAACCUCAUGUCCGUGCUGCGAAACGCGACGUCGCCACUGGACGUGGCCAAUCUGAUCAUCUACUCGACUCUGACUCAGAUCGCGCCGCUAAUCCAGAACAUGUCGUUCCUGAUACCUCUAGGACUCGAGCAGACGGUGACGGGCGUCCCCAUGCAGGUCCAGGGCUGCCUAAGCCUCACCGAGAAGUCCUACCGACACGGCAUGAGGCUGCUCGCGCUUAAAGCUCUGGGAGUCACCGAGUGGUCCCCAGAGAAGCCCAAGGCCCGAGUGAUACAGAACCUGAUCGCCGACCUCAAGAAGGCUCUCAAGAAGUACGUCCGUGCCUGGUUCACCGAGACGGAGAGUCGGCGGGACGCCCUGAAGCGACUCAGGACCCUGAAAAUUGACCUGCUCGGGGCCACGCCCCACGACGAGCUCACGUACGCCCGAAACGAGAAGUACUUCGGCAAGCCGCGGCAAGCAGCUGCCCUGCUCGAAGAGGUGCCCGGUCGCGACCUUAACUACGGGGGAGACUUCUUCCCGGGUUCGACGUUCUCGACGGAGCCCAAGUACGUGGCCGAGACGCACACGCUGUACCUGCCGCCGGCCAUGUUCGGGCUCAUCGACAAGAUGCCAGAGUUCGACGACCCGCUCCUGAUGGUGCCGCUGAUCGGCGCGCCCGUCCUGAAGGCGAUGCUCGCAGUCGUCGACGGCCGCGGCACGCAAACCUUCAUCCGGGACUCCUCGGUAAGCACGCACUGGUGGUCUCCGGCCGACGACACCAAGCUAACGAAAAUCAUGUCCUGCUACCGAGACCUGUAUGCACUGUCUCUCAAAGACAUGCUCAUAAACAGCAACCACCAAGCCUUCUUCGAGGAGUUCAUCGCCCAGGGCGCGUUGCUCGACCCCCUGCACAGGUUCUACAAGGAGAAGGUGUCCAAGUACCACCCUGACGGCCUUCGGAUCGAACCGGAGUUUACGGCCGACAUGCUCUUCUUCAUCGUGUACACGAUGGGCAUGUGCGAGCCACGGGGCACCGAACGUUACAAGGUGAAACACAGGAUGGGCAUACCUGCCCGCAUUCUGGUGAAUGCGCACCUGGGUAGCAGCGACCGCUUCAGACGCGCGUUCAAGUGCAAGCACAGCGACGAGAUGAUGCCGCUGCAUACGUGUUCAUACUGGGAUGAACACUGAACGCUGAGAGUGAAGACCGACCUUCACGCGCGAUUCUAUCCCUGUUCACGUAACGUGUACAUCGAGUGUGUUCCACAUGCCGGGUCCCCACCCGCCCCCAACCCAUCAUUUUUUUUGCUCGAACACUAGCUUUUAC